ACAUCGGACGGGAGCUCUCCCCGCGUGCAACCUUCUCCGAGAACGCGCCUGUUUUUAAAACCCUAGAAACCCCAUUUUGCAGGUUCAGCUGAGAGAGAGAGAGAGAGACGAGCACCAUUCUUCUCCGGCUCUCCUUCACAUUGGCCAUGAAAGAAACCGCUUCUUCAACUAUGGAGAGAGUUUGUUUGGGGUGCUUUGGCUGGUGCUUUUGGGGAAGGCAUGAUGCACCCAAUUGACACGGUAAAGACAAGGAUUCAGAGCCAGGCUAUAAUCACUAGGAGUCAGGGGCAAAAGAACAUAUUGCAGAUGAUCCGAGCUGUCUGGGCGUCCGAUGGUUUAAAAGGAUUUUAUCGAGGCAUCGCUCCAGGGGUAACUGGAUCACUCGCAACAGGAGCAACAUACUUUGGUGUUAUUGAAUCUACAAAGCAAUGGCUAGAGGUUGUGAACCCUAACUUAGGCGGGCAUUGGGCACACUUCAUUGCUGGAGCCAUUGGUACUGGUCUACGCUUGCAAGGGACGUACCUUUUGCUGGUCUUAUGGUUACCUUCUACGAAGCAUUUAAGAAUUUGGCUGAACAUGGUAAACAGCGAUUGCUACCUGGAAGCAAUGUACAUAUCAACAGUUCUGUUGAAGGACUGCUUUUAGGAGGAUUGGCUGGUGGUCUAAGUGCAUAUCUUACAACUCCCUUGGAUGUGAUAAAGACAAGGCUGCAAGUGCAGGGAUCUAACUUGAGGUACAAAUCCUGGUCGGAUGCCUUAAAUAACAUCUGGAAGGCUGAGGGUCUGAAUGGACUCUUCAAAGGCAGCGUCCCAAGAAUAAUGUGGUAUAUUCCAGCUUCUGCUCUCACAUUCAUGGCAGUCGAAUUUCUCCGCGAUAAUUUCAAUCAGAAGUCAGUCUCUCGCGUUCAUGAAAUCAGUAGCAUUUCAAUCGAGCCGAGCUCGAAAAUUCACAAAAAAAUUCACGAAAAAAUCCACGAAACUGCUCGGUGAAUACUGCAGACCUCUAGCUUCAUAGUACUGCUCUGUUUUUCAGCAGGCACGCUUCAAAAUUUUUUGUUCUAUUGAAGAUAUCAGUUAAAUGCAGUAGUUUGAGAUUUAUGAUUCUUCUCUUUGUAGAGUCUAAGCUGUAAGAAAUUUGCUGGAAUGACAUUCAACAUUUUAAACUUUUUAUG